AUGGAUGUAAGAAAGGGUAUGAUUGGCCAAGGUAUUGAGCUUGAUAAUGCAGCUUAUACAGCACUUAUUUCAGGGCUUUGUAGAGAAGGACGAGUUGUUGAUGCAGAGAGGACAUUGAGGGAGAUGUUUGGAGCAGGUUUGAUACCAGAUGAUGCUACUUAUACAAUGGUGAUUGAUGGGUUCUGUAAGAAGGGAGAUGUGAAGAUGGGUUUUAAGUUCCUCAAGGAGAUGCAGAGUAGCAGCCGUGCACCAGGUGUUGUAACCUACAAUGUGCUCAUGAAUGGGCUCUGCAAGCAGGGGCAAAUGAAAAAUGCUAAAAUGCUUUCAAACAAAUAA